CCGGAGCGCCGCGGAAAGGCUUUCAGGAUGAAUCUGGAAAAACUCAGCAAGCCUGAACUCCUGACACUAUUUAGUAUUCUUGAAGGAGAGCUUGAAGCAAGGGACCUUGUUAUAGAAGCUUUAAAGGCCCAACACAGAGAUACUUUCAUUGAAGAGCGCUAUGGAAAAUAUAACAUCAGUGAUCCUUUAAUGGCUCUACAGAGAGAUUUUGAAACACUGAAGGAGAAAAAUGAUGGUGAAAAGCAGCCGGUCUGCACAAACCCACUGUCUAUUCUUAAGGUGGUGAUGAAGCAAUGCAAGAACAUGCAGGAGCGCAUGCUGUCCCAGCUGGCCGCUGCUGAGAGCAGGCACCGAAAGGUGAUCCUAGACCUUGAGGAAGAAAGGCAAAGGCAUGCACAGGAUACAGCUGAAGGAGAUGAUGUCACCUACAUGCUAGAAAAAGAAAGAGAGAGGCUGACUCAACAGUUGGAAUUUGAAAAGUCCCAAGUGAAAAAGUUUGAAAAAGAACAGAAGAAGCUCUCUAGUCAGCUGGAAGAGGAGCGUUCCCGCCACAAGCAACUCUCAUCCAUGCUGGUGCUUGAGUGCAAGAAAGCCACUAGCAAGGCAGCUGAAGAGGGACAGAAAGCAGGAGAACUGAGCCUGAAAUUGGAGAAGGAGAAGAGCCGGGUGAGUAAACUGGAGGAAGAGUUGGCCGCUGAGAGAAAGCGAGGCUUGCAGACUGAGGCCCAGGUGGAGAAGCAGUUGUCUGAGUUUGACAUCGAAAGGGAACAACUGAGAGCAAAACUGAACCGAGAAGAGAACCGGACCAAAACUCUGAAAGAAGAAAUGGAAAGUUUGAAAAAGAUAGUGAAGGACCUAGAGGCUUCUCAUCAGCAUAGUAGCCCUGAUGAGCAACUAAAGAAAACAGUAACCAUGUCGAAGGGCACAGCGACUGAGCCUCUCAUGCUAGUGUCUGUAUUUUGCCAAACAGAGAGUUUUCAGGCAGAAAGAACCCACGGGAGCAACAUAGCUAAGAUGACAAACACUGGGCUGCCUGGCCCCACCACUCCUACUUCCUCUUAUGCAAAAACCAAUGGCCAUUGUGAACCAGAGAUACAAACUACCAGGGAGCUGAUUGUGGGCAACAGUGUAGAAAACCAAGUGCCUCCACGGGAGAAAUCUGUGGCAUUGGUCCAAGAGAAACCAGUGGAGAAUGGUGGGUGUCCUGUGGGAAUUGAGACUACAGUCCCAAUGCCCAGUCACCUCCCUUCCAGUGGGAGCUCACUGUCUCCCAGCAGCACAGCCUCUUCCUCUCUAACAUCCUCUCCUUGCUCUUCACCAGUAUUAACUAAGCGUUUAUUGGGGUCAUCAGCUAGCAGCCCCGGCUACCAGUCAUCCUACCAAGUGGGGAUCAACCAGCGGUUCCAUGCAGCUCGGCACAAAUUUCAGUCCCAAGCAGAUCAGGACCAGCAAGCCAGUGGUCUACAGAGUCCUCCAUCCAGGGACCUGUCCCCCACCCUCAUAGACAACUCUGCCGCCAAGCAGCUGGCCCGAAACACAGUCACUCAGGUGCUCUCCAGAUUUACUAGCCAACAAGGACCAAUCAAGCCGGUCUCUCCCAACAGCUCUCCCUUUGGCACAGACUAUCGAAAUCUGGCCAACACUGCCACUCCAAGAGGUGACACCAGCCAUUCACCUACUCCAGGGAAAGUGUCCAGUCCUCUGAGCCCCCUGUCUCCAGGAAUCAAGUCCCCUACCAUCCCCAGAGCUGAGAGAGGAAACCCUCCACCUAUCCCACCCAAGAAACCUGGCCUCACCCCCUCUCCAUCUGCUACCACUCCACUGACCAAAAUUCAUUCCCAAGCAUCCUCUUUGACCACCACAGAAGACCUUGCCAGCAGCUGCUCUUCCAAUGCUGUCGUAGCCAACGGCAAGGAUGUUGAGAUACUUUUGCCUACCAGCAGCUAGUCCCUAGGAGGGGGUCUCCACAUUUGACAUCCCAUCAGAUUUCAUCCAAAAGCUCAGAGUCAGACUGUUGAGUCAGAUUAUGUUAUUUAUUUUGAUAGUAGCUGAACCCAUCUGUAUAAUACAUUCAGCGUAUUUCACCUUUUUGUAUUUUUUUAAGUAGGAACUGAGUAGUUUGGAUUUUUAUGGCUCACAUCUUUGUACUGAAGCUAUAAUAAAAGGGCACCUCAAAGACAUCUUGAGCUCAGCAGUCACCAUCAUGUUGUGAUGGAGAAAGCUAAUUGAGUACCAGGUGGUGAUUUGCUGUCUAUUUUGGGACUAGAAUCACUCAACACUCAUUUUGAAUUAUGCAGAAGUGGUUCAUGCAGAUUUUUAUUCCAGAUGAAUAUGUUUUAAAAGUGCCUGAUAUAUGACUGCCAUAUGAAUGUGAUUCUGCAGCGAAAACACAAAACGGAUCAUUUAAUUGCAAAAUGAGAUCCUCUGUGAAUUCUGAAUGUUAAAAAACCAACACUGCUUUUAAUCCUCUUUUACUGUUUUUAAUGCAAGCUUUGUGUUCUGAAACAAGGCUGCAUAAGUAGAAUGGGAAUCCUUCUAAAGGUGGGUGUGAACUCACCACAAAGCUGAGCUUUAUAGAGCGCUUGAGAAACCCUCCUGAGCACUAAGCAGUUGGGGUGCUGAUUUUCUUGUACUUUUGAAAAAUUAAGUCACUCCAAGUUUCCUGCAUAAAGUCUUGAAUGAAAUCACAUCUCCAUU